AGCCGAUAAGCUACGAAAGGACUACUUUAAUUCCGGAUUUCGCAUAAUGAAGCUCUCUGCCGCAUAAUGAGGAUUAUUAAUCCGCUCUGCGUAUCGCGCGGGAUCGUUAAGCGUCCCGUAUUAAUGGGUUACGACUGUUUCUCAGCAUCGCAAUUCGCUUCGCAACUCAAAUAUUUCCCUGGCAUGACAACUGAAUAUGUCGCACCCCGUAGUGGGCCAAAUGUUUGCACAGCAUUGCUCUUGCGUUCUCCAUGCGGUUCUCGCCGCGCGAUUUUACCGUCGACAUGGAACACCGCAGAUUUUAACAGCUGCAUCUGAUUUCCACAUGAAUGUCACAUUGAACAGUUUAGAUUUUAAUACAAUUGCGCUUUCUUUGUUACACGUGUUCGCUGCUAUCGGAGCAUUUACCUUACGAGUGGACUAUUAAAGAUACAUUAAUUCGUCGCUUGGGGAUGCAAAUGGUCUUGUAACGUUAGAAAUUACGGCGGUACAAUGAAAAUGACAUAAACUCUUUAAGAGAAACUAAAGAAGAACUCUCGAAAUCGAUCGUAGAAAUUACGGUCAAGGGGACGCUGGGGAUUUUCGGAGCAGCCUGCGAAAUCGAUCGCAUAAUGAGGUUGUUGUUUCAACACACCAAGGCUGCUGGAAUAUUAUGUAAUGCGUAGGGCAAUAGAGGGAAUUAUCCGGCUUAGUCCCUGCGGCCGCCUCGCGUUCGUGGUUUACUUCGCCUCGCGCCAUUUCCUCGUUUCUGGCGAGCGCGCUCUUAUUCCAAGUGCAAUCCGUUAGACGACUAACGAGAUAUCGGUAAGCAAAUUAGUCAACAGGCACAGGUGCACUAUCACAAGUAACGGCGGUGGCGUUACAGACCCCCCGUCGCCAUCUGCGCCACGCGCCGCGACAAACAGGGUCUACAUCUACAUUAAUACGCGUAAUUCGAUUUUCAUCAUCCUCUAUAUAACAGGUGUCACGCAUCGCAAAAGCUCGCGCAAAAGCGAGACGACAUUUUCACCGCGAAUGUCGCGCCAUUCUUCUGCCACGCAGAAUCGCCUCCUCUCCGUGGAACCGUCGUUGUCCUUCGCGAAGCUGCUCGGAGCUUCGCGGUGCUCCCUCGAUGCGCCGAUGAAAGGGAAAAAUUCUUUCGAUAGUCAUCCUUGGUGCGCGAACGGUUUAAGUGAAAUCGGAACUAAUCGUUGUUGGGAUAAGAAAGUGAGCUGAACACCUCAGGAUGAGCGACGCGACGAGCGAUAAAGACGCAGAAGCCGCGGCCCAGGACACGAGCGAUUAUGUGCUUCACCUCCCACGUCCGCUCAAUCUCGAAGAAAAGAAGUACCUACUGGCCGUAGAAAGAGGGGAUAUGCCCAAUGUGAAGAGGCUUCUGCAGCUUGCAAGCAAGGGCAAGGGAAAACAGCUGGACGUGAAUUGCGUAGAUAGUCUGGGUCGCAGUGCCCUUACGCUGGCCAUAGAGGCGGAAAAUUUAGAAAUGGUCGAGCUGCUCGUCGUCAUGGGGGUCGAAACUAAGGAUGCCUUACUCCAUGCCAUCGAUCAGGAAUUCGUAGAGGCGGUAGAGCUGCUGCUGGAACACGAGGAACUCCUUACGAGUCAAAUAACCGAGACUUCCGAAAAGCAGAUCGUACACAGCUGGCAGAAGGUUGAUCCGGCAUCAGCCAGAUACUCGAUGGACAUGACGCCCCUGGUGCUCGCGGCGCAGCGUAAUAAUUACGAAAUCUUGAAGCUUCUGCUGGAUAGAGGAGCUACCUUGCCGAUGCCGCACGACGUGAGGUGUGGCUGCGACGAUUGUCUUGAGGCAACCAUCGGCGAUCCAUUAAGACUGUCGUCCACUAGAAUCUCUGAAUAUAAGGCUUUAGCGAGUCCAAGUUUAAUAGCCCUGAGCUCGACGGAUCCCUUAAUGACAGCUUUCCAGUUAAGCUGGGAACUUAGGGAACUGGCUAUAUCGGAACCGGAGAGUAGAGCCGAGUACUUGAAACUACGGCGACAGGUAGAGAAAUUCGCCGUCGAUUUGCUGCAACACGUGCGGACUACCACAGAACUGGAUACCAUACUGAAUUACGACCCCGACGAAGAGAAUGCCGAGCUUAGCAAGCAACUAGCUCGACUGGAGCAAGCCAUAGAAUAUAAGCAGAAAAGAUUCGUUUCGCAUUCUCACGUUCAGCAGCUCUUGGCGGCCAUCUGGUACGAAGGGGUGCCCGGAUUUCGAAGAAUGUCAGCCGUGCAGAGAGUCGGUAUUCUUGCAAAGACGGCAAUUUUAUUUCCGUUCUAUUGUAUCGUGUACUAUCUGAUGCCGGAAUCAAAAACGGGACGGCUUAUGCGAAGACCUUUCAUGAAAUUCUUGGUCCAUGCGUCAUCCUACCUAUUUUUCCUGUUUGUACUCAUGCUGGUAUCGCAGCGUGCUGAAGUGGAGAUUGUCAGACUCCUGGGCUCUCAGGAAAUGAAGAGAAACCUUGAGGCUUACUUGGCCCGACAGAGAGGCGCGGCACCUACCCCUCUGGAAAGUAUCGUCGUGCUAUACGUUCUUGGAUUUAUAUGGGAAGAGACGAGAGAGGCUUACGUGGACGGUCUGAAGAGCUACUUGCGGGACAUGUGGAACUUCAUCGACUUCACCAGAAAUACGCUCUAUUUGGCGACCGGUGUUCUCAGAUUGGCGGCGUAUCUUCAGCAGCGCGCCGAGAUACAGACAGACUCGUCGGCCGCGUUAAUACCGAGAGAGAAUUGGAGCGACUUCGAUCCGCAGCUGAUCGCGGAGGGUCUCUUCGCGGCUGCGAAUGUCUUCAGCGCCUUGAAACUCGUUCACCUCUUCAGCAUCAAUCCGCAUUUAGGGCCGCUUCAGGUAUCGCUGGGCAGAAUGGUAAUCGACAUCGUAAAAUUCUUUUUCAUUUAUACCUUAGUGUUAUUCGCCUUUGCCUGCGGCUUGAAUCAGUUACUGUGGUAUUUUGCGGAACUGGAGAGGCAGAAGUGUUACAGCGGAAUGUCGGAUCCCUCGUGGGACGCCGGCAGUGACGCCUGCUUAAGAUGGAGAAGAUUCAGCAAUCUAUUUGAAUCGUGCCAGAGUCUUUUCUGGGCCAGUUUCGGUAUGGUCGGCAUCGAAAGCUUCGAGCUCACUGGAAUCAAGUCAUACACUCGAUUCUGGGGCUUAUUGAUGUUCGGAUCGUAUUCCGUGAUCAACGUGAUUGUCCUGCUAAAUCUACUGAUAGCUAUGAUGAGCAACAGCUACGCCGUUAUUGAGGAACAUUCCGACACCGAGUGGAAAUUCGCGAGAACGAAGUUAUGGAUGAGUUACUUCGAGGACACCGGAACCCUUCCGCCGCCCUUCAAUAUCUUCCCGCCGCCGAAAUUGCUUCUCCGAUUGUUCGGCCUGCAGAAGAAGCGCCUCGGUAGACGCAGUAGUCAACGUCGACGUGCACGCGAACAUAAAUAUGGAGCAGUCAUGAGAGCUUUGAUAUGGCGUUACGUUGUGAAUGCACAUAGCGAGCAUGAAAUGGAACCUGUCACUGAAGACGAUGUCCACGAACUUAAAUCCGAUUUGUCAUCCUGGAGAUGUGAACUUCUGGACAUUCUGCAUAGAAACGGCAUGGAUAUUGGCGGUGUCAACAAGAAAGAAAAGACUGUACUGGGCAAAAAGAUGAGAGUUUGGGAGAGAAGACUCAUGAAAGAUUUCCAAGUAGCAGGUCCGGUAAAUCCAGCUGAUGCCGAUCUUCAGGAAGAGCUAGCUCUGCAACAACCUGUAGACGAAAGCAACGUUGAGAGAUGGAAGAGAAUCGCCAGAUUAGCUGUAUUGACCUCGGCCGAACAUCGUUGGAGUCAAGUCGUGAAAAACGCAGUUAAGAGCUCUCAAAUCGGUAAAAGCUGCAGCAAGGCAUCGCUGCAGAAUCAGCAGAGUCUGAAGAAAGCCAUGGAGGAAGCGAAACGACUGGCGCAAAAAAGUCCUCUGCCGACAGAUGUGCCGGUUGAAUUGCCAGAAACUACCGCGGCGACGAUACUGCACGUGCUAGAUGACAUCGUUGAGGGCGAUGACAAUGUUAAAACGUCGGGACUCAAACGGGAAAAAACUCCAAUUAAAGACGGCGUUGGUUCUCAACCUUUUGAAUCAAUACUUCAGUCUACAGCCACGUCUACAGCCUACAAUUUCGUCGACGAGAAAGUGACAAAGGUCACUGCGCCAUUGUUACCGCUUCGUUCAUCGCCACCACGGGUAAUCAAGAGGAAGACGCCUACUCAACUCGGACAAUCAACUUCUGUUCAAUCCACGGCUAUUCAAUCCUCAAUUACCACCUCGGUUGUUCCCAUGACAUCCGUUACUACUACCAGAGCUGCUGCAACCAAUACAACACGCACGACCGCCGCAACUACUGCAACAACUACGUCUGUCACCAUACAGACUGCUACUAUUUCUGCCAAGCCCAUCACUACUAAUACUACUACUACCGCUAUCAAACCUGUUGCUACUAUUGCGAAAUCCACCGCUACCAUUUCUGUCGCUACGACGACUUCUUCCAGUUCUCCUAUGGAAAGUCAAAGCAAAUCCGCUACUGUAUCCAUAAGUGCACCUUCAACCAGCAUUAAAGACGGAAGUAGUUCGAUCAGAGCACGGCCGAAAGCUUCAUAUAGUCCUAAACUUCCGAUUAUUCCCUCCUUAACAGUUACCCCAAACUUGGACGGUAGCAAAGAGGACGAGCGAGAAAAGUUCGUGGGUCUUACACCGCGUAAUAGACCAUCGAGAGGAGGAUGGCUCUAAAGUUCCGUAUAUGACAACAAUUUUUCGCGACUUUUUCAUGUUUUUACACAUUUCAUAAUUGAUCUGACAAGAAAAAAUCGGAAGCGUCCCUCUCCGGUUUUGAUAAGCUUUUUAAUAUGUUGUUUUCCAGUUUACAAUAAGAGACACGUAUUUAAAGAAAAAUUAUUUUCCUAACGGUUUCUUAAAAUAAACUGGUCCAAUUUAGGCAAUUGGCAACUCGAAUAUAUAAAAAGAUGGCGUUACACAAACACACGGCAUUAAAUUAAUAUGUAAUUAGUUUUACAACAUGUAAUUAGUAGUUAAUAAAAGACACUUGUAAACGUAUCAUAGAAAAUUUGGGUGUCCACUCUUAUUUUAGACAGCAGCUAAAGAUCUAUAACAUAAUAAUUGUAACAAUAAAAACACAAUAACUGUUUCUGUUUGGUUUCCGCUCACUGGCCGCUAAAUUACAUGUCUAUGACACUAUAGUGUCGUCGAUAAUAAACUUAAUAUUAAUCGAACUGUAUAAUAUUGGAAAAGAUAAAAUCAUAUCUGAUAUGAAAUAUGAGAGUCCGACUUUAGAGGUACGAAAGAAGUUCCAGAUAAUUUGUACCAUAUUUUCACAAUCCCUUCUCUCGCUAUUAUUACACUAUUCGCUCAGAAAAUGA